ACAGAGAAACUCCGUUUCCAAGUUUCAAAUAUGCUUCAUGUCUGAUCGCCACUGUCACGGAAAUCACCUACACCACCUAGCUUCUUUCUAUUGUUAUCGCUCAGAGUCAUGUCAUUUACAGUCACUCUAUCUUCUCCCAUUUCCUUCUCUCAAACCCACCACCACCGGCACCGGCUAAGAACUCACUGGUUCCAGUCGCUUCCCAAGUCGACCAUCCGAUUUCUUUCUCUCAAAUCUCCCCCUCCUUUUCUUCUGCUUCCUCAAGCUUCUAGGAGGAAUUCUAGUAAUAAUACUAAUCUCGUAGAUGAUCCUCGGAAUUGGAGUCGAUCGAUUAACAAUGAAUUGUUGGAUGAUGAAGAUGAGGAGGAAGAAGACGAUGAGGAUGAGGAAGAAGAUAGGAGUUUGGAUCUGUUAGUUAGGUUCGUUGAAAAUGUUUUCAAGAAGGUGUCUAAAAGAGCCAGGAAGGCUGUGCGAUCAGUCUUGCCUGCUUCCAUCUCCACCAAAUUGGUGGGGUUUUCAGUAAAUGGGGUCCUAAUUCUCGCAUGUUUGUGGGUUUUGAAGGCAUUUCUUGAGGUGGUUUGCACACUUGGAAGUGUAGUUUUUGCAAGCAUCUUACUCAUACGUGGAAUAUGGGCUGGAAUAACUUAUCUACAAGAAAACCGUUAUCUUAAUAUGAAUGAACAUGAUGAUGACCACGCAUGGACUGGCACACAACCUGCUAAUUGAUUUGUCUACUCACAAUAUGAAAUGUUACAAGGAUUGAAUCCAACAAGCAUCCAAAAUAAAGGAUGAUCAAAAGAUGGCAUCGGGGACAGAUGACUAACUGGUAGUGGGUUGCUUCCACAUGAAGAUGCAGCUGCACAUUUUCCAAUUGGAUAUUAAUAAAAACUGAAACUAAAGACAGGGGAAAGGGGGAGAAGUCGCAAGGCUACUGGAUUAUAUAUUCACGCUAGAAGUGUAUUAAUCUAUUAGUUCAUUUAUUUGAUCAUGUUGUAGCCUUAAGUUACAUUGCUAACAUCAGAAUUACAAUGUUGUAUUGUACUCAUUCUUAAGCAUACAAGUGAGAUGAAAUCAUCCCAUUUCUCUAGAA